AUGAAAGAGAGAUUUAUGCAAAACAACAUUGAAGUCCUCUUUAAUGCUGCUGGGGAUAAGCUUACAACUACUUCUGAUAUUGAAGCUGAAGUGCUCAACUUUUACUCCACUCUACUAGGUACUGCAGCUUUGUGGGCAAUAGAUGAUGACAAAGCCCCAAUUCAGGAAAUAGAAGCAGCUUUGUGGGCAAUAGAUGAUGACAAAGCCCCAGGGGUCCUGUUGCCUGAAAUUAACUGUACUCUUGUUACACUCAUUCCUAAGAUCCCUAACCUUUCACUUGUUAAGGAUUUUAGGCUUAUAGCCUAUUGUACAAAGUUAUACAAGAUUAUUGCUAAAAUCUUGACCAACAGAAUGCAGAAUAUGAUUGGUAUUGUGGUUGACUUAGCCCAAGCUUGGUUUAUGCCUGGAAGGAAUAUUUCAGAUAAUAUUCUUCUUGCUAUCGAGCUUAUCAAAAGCUAUAACACUAAGCAUAUAUCUCCUAGAUGCAUGUUGAAGGUUGACUUGAAAAAAGCUUAUGAUUCUAUUGAGUGGUCCUUUUUGGAAGCUGUUCUGAAUGAUAUUGGAUUCCCUUCUCCAUUUGUGAAAUGGAUUAUGGCUUGUGUCACUUCAGUUUCUUUCUCUAUUCUCAUCAAUAAUGGUAGCUCUUGUAAGCCUUUCACUGCCAGGAAAGGGUUGAGACAAGGAGACCCUAUGUCUCUCUUUCUAUUUGCAUUAGGGAUGGAGUAUUUAUCAAGAUGUCUGGGGAACCUGAAGGCUGAUCCUAGAUUUAAUUUUCACCCUAGAUGCAAAAAGUUAAACAUCACCCACGUGAUGUUUGCUGAUGAUCUUUUGAUGUUCUCUAAAGCAAACCAGACCUCUUUGCAACUUGUCUUUGAUGCUUUUUCCAAAUUCUCUCAAGCUUCUGGGUUAGAAGCAAAUUUGGAUAAAUGUCAUCUCUAUAUUGGAGGGGUGGAGGAGACUCAAAGAGCUAUCUUACAGUCUGUUGUGCAUAUGCCCCUGGGUUGUUUUCCCUUUAAAUACCUAGGUGUUCCACUCACCACCAGGAAGCUCUUUUAUAAUGAGUGUAAGCCAUUGAUUGAGAAGACCAUGGCUAGAGUUAGGGCUUGGUGUUUAAGGAGAUUCAAAGCAUCUGUAGUCUGUAGAGUCUUUCUAUGGACUGGUCAAGACUCUUACUCCGGGAAAGCUCCCAUAGCCAGGGACUCUCUAUGUUUACCUAUCAGUUGUGGAGCGUUAAACAUUAAAAAUCUUGCUCUUUGGAACAAAGCUGCAGUUGCCAAGCACUUAUGGGCAGUUUGUCAAAAACAAGACAGGUUAUGGAUUAAGUGGUUGCAUGAAUACUACAUUAAACAGCAGCACAUUCUCUCCAUGGUAAUCCCUAAUAGACUGUCAUGGUCCAUGAAGAAGGUACUAGAGAGUAGAGAGAUAUUUCAAGACCUGCAAGCUACUCAUAUGCUUCAGCUUAAUGAUUUCUCAAUUAAGAAACUGUAUUUGCUAAUGCAGGGUGAGCAUGAUCAAGUAAAUUGGAAGAGAAUUGUUUGCAAUAAUAAAGCUAGUCCUAAAGCUCUAUUUGUCACUUGGCUUAUUCUUCAUGGUAGAUUGGCUACCAAAGAUAGGUUAUUUUCUUGGGGGAUUACAGAUAAUGAUUUCUGCCCACUAUGCACUGCAGCUAGUGAGAGUAUCUCUCACUUGUUCUUUGAUUGUCCCUUCUCUAGGGAUAUUUGGAAUGCCUGCCAGCAGCACUUGAAAGUGGUGGUGACUCUAAGGAACUUGUCAGAUGAAAUCCAUGUUGUUGCUUUGAAGAGUAAGAGGAGAGGAGCUAAAGCUCAGUUAUACUGCAUGAUGUUUGCUGAAGCUAUGUAUCAGAUAUGGCUACAAAGAAAUGCAAAAGUCUAUGGGGGCCUUAUGCUAGAUACUGUAACUAAUUUUAGGCAGAUUUGCUUUAGGGUUGCUAGUAGAUGUAAUGAUUGUACUAGGCAACUCCUCCUUUGGUAG